GAAGCAUCGGAGUGCUGCAAACCGAUCCCUUUCCGUGGGUCUAUUGUGCGUGGCUGCAGACGAAGCUUGAAGAACGAAUUUCCCACACCACGCCUCUCGCUGAGGCCUCAAGACACUCACGAUGCAGCCCACUGGUGCAGCGCCCUCACCCCGUCCCCCCAGCCCUGCCCUCUUCCAGCCCGCCGACCUCUUCGAUCUGUCAGUGCCCAUCAGCAAGAUGGCCGCCAUGGCCAUGUCGACUGACGAUGCCAAACGAGCCGCUCUCCGCUCGCAGAUCGUCACCCGCACUCAGCAACAGGAGCUGCUGGGCCACUCUGCGGAGACCGUCAACAGCACCCUGCUCAACGGCGUCCAGCGACACAUCGACAAGGCCAUCUUGGCCUUCGACAUUGGUGGUGACGUGGAGGGCGGCUUGAGAUUCGUCUGGCUACUCGAGCGAUGGGGCGGUUCCUUCGGCUGGCCUUCAUCUAUCGGCUGACUCCCGCCAACACGGCUCUGCCCCUUCAGCUGUCGGCCGACUCGCUGCCCACAGCAACGGCCUUCCACCAGCUGCCCCUCACAAUGGCCAUCUACAAGACAUUCAGCCACCUACUCACAGACGAAUGGACCAGCCUGGCGCUGCAGCAGGCCGACAAUGGGGACUAUCACAUCGGCGGUGUGACAUUUCGUGUGGUGCCAUAUGGUGAGCUGCCGGGCGGCCAUCGCUAUGCUGACGGCUACAAGCGGACCGAUCCCGUCAUCCGCUGGGUCACUGACUGGCUCUUCCCCUCAUUCUCGGCAUUCCUGCUGCACACGCUGCUCAGUCUCUGGUGCGGUGAGGUGGAUAGGAGGAGGGUGUUCGAUGCAGCCGUCGGCCCUUAUGACUAUGGCCGUCUGCUGACCGAGGGCAUCACAGAGGAUGAGGGCAUCGCUGUCGACUGGCGCUACGACAGAUCUGAAUGCUGCGAAUCCGAGUGACUUUCGUCAUGUGAUAGUGAGCGGCUUCCGACACAACGAGAGCGUCGCUGCCAAUGUCUGGGUGGGCUUCGACCGCAUCAGUCUGAACACGACCGAGCCAUCUGCCGCCGAUACGUCUGCCGAUGCGGCGGGUCCACUCGCUGUGCGCUUUCCCGUAUCGGAGCCUCUGUGGCGCCGUUUGCUGCGGCUAUUCGGUCUCGAGCGUUUGCUUCGACGGUGCUGGUGUGAGGGGUGAGUGGUGUUGGCCGGGUGGCGAUUGGGUGGUGUUGGUGGAUUGGAUGCCAUUGGUCUGAGAGGGUCUCUCUGUGUGAGCAGUGGUGGACGGGACUGAGUGCAUUGUGUGUGUGCCAUGGGUGGAUGGCGUGCUCAUCUUUGACAGACUCACAUAAAUGAGCGACUGAUCAGCACAAUUCAUCGGCAACUGAAAAUCCCUUGAGUGCUUUGGUUUGGUGCAGGGGCGGGUCGAUACACACUGAUGGACACAUGACUUGAUACUUUCACAGGAAGCCACCACACACACACACACAGAGAGUCCAUUGUGCACACGGCCACCCCUUCAUUUGUGUGGCUGCGAGGAAAGGGUUGUUCUCUUGAUGAAGGACUGCACUGAGACAGCACUUUACUGAUGGAGGGGGUCUUUCCGUCUUCACACGUGCGGGUGUAUGCGUGUCGACGUCCGAUGCUGUGCGGUGCAGUGUGUGUGUGUAGGUGUGCU